AUGGAGAAGCCAAAGUUCAAGACUGUUCAAGAGGUGAUUGCAGCUGGUGAAGGACUACCGGAAAGAUAUCUCCACACACCCACCGGCGACGACGAAAGUCAGCCUCUUAACGGUUUGGUGCCGGAGAUGGAUAUUCCGGCCAUCGAUCUCGGUCUUCUCCUCUCUUCUUCUGAAAAUGGUCGAGAAGAGUUGAGUAAACUUCACUCGGCGCUCUCUACAUGGGGCGUUGUUCAGGUGAUGAAUCAUGGAAUUACAGAAGCGUUUCUAGACAAGAUUUACGAGCUAACUAAGCAGUUCUUUGCUCUUCCGACCGAAGAGAAACAGAAGUGCGCGAGAGAGAUUGGUAGUGUCCAAGGAUAUGGAAAUGACAUGAUUCUGUCGGAUGAUCAAGUUCUUGAUUGGAUCGACCGUUUGUACAUCACUACUUACCCUGAAGACCAACGAAACCUUAAAUUCUGGCCUGAGAUCCCUAUUGAGUUCAGGGAAACUUUGCAUGAAUACACAAUGAAGCAACAGCUAGUGAUUGAGAAUUUUUUCAAGGCAAUGGCUAGAUCUUUGGGAUUGGAAGAGAAUAGUUUUCUAGAAAUGUAUGGAGAAAAUGCUACGAUGGAUACAAGAUUCAACAUGUAUCCUCCAUGUCCAAGACCAGACAAGGUUCUUGGGGUUAAACCACACGCUGAUGGCUCAGCUUUUACUCUUCUCUUACCGGACAAGGAUGUCGAAGGGCUUCAGUUCCUUAAAGAUGGGAAGUGGUAUAAAGCUCCGAUAGUCCCUGAUGCAAUUCUGAUCAAUGUAGGAGAUCAAAUCGAGAUAAUGAGCAAUGGGAUAUACAAGAGCCCGGUUCAUAGAGUGGUGACGAACAGAGAAAAGGAAAGGAUAUCUGUGGCAACGUUCUGCAUUCCUGGAGGAGACAAAGAGAUUAAGCCUGCGGAUGGGCUUGUCUCUGAGGCAAGACCAAGAUUGUAUAAAACAGUAAAGAAGUAUGUUGAGCUCUACUUCGAUUACUAUCAACAGGGUCGAAGACCGAUUGAAGCUGCAUUGAUCUGA